GUUUUUUUUUAUAAGAAGAAAAUAUGGUUUUCCCUUACAUUACCCACAGUAGUGCUGCCAUGGCGACAAGCAGCAAGUUCUUGCAUUGUAGAAACCCCUUGUUGGUUUCCGUCCUUUCAAUUAUCAUCGUUUAUUUGCUCAUAAAAAGGUGGGCAAAACCGAAAUCGUCCAUCCGGUACCCACCCGGCCCUCUGGCACUCCCGAUUAUCGGCCAUCUCUACCUCCUAAGCUCCUCCUUGCCCAAGUCUUUCCAAGCCCUAGCUCGGCUGUAUGGCCCCCUCAUGCGCAUUCAUAUAGCCCAAUCCAUCUUCAUAGUUGUUUCAGAUGCCGUCGUCGCCAAAGAGGUACUGAAAGUCCAUGACGCUGAGUUUGCUUCAAGGUUCGAGUUUGGUCCAGCCCAGUACAACAUAUACAAAGAUGCUGGUUUUAUCACUGGUCCUUAUGGCUCCUACUGGCGGUUUAUGAAAAAGCUUUGCAUGACAAGGCUCUUCACAGGACGACAGCUUGACCGUUUCAACCAUAUACGGGAAGAGGAGAUGGUGAAGCUGUUGAAAUCAUUGGUUAAGAAAUCCAGGGAAGGGAAGUGGUGUGAUUUAAGUGGGGAGUUAGCCAACUUAACCAACAACUUGAUAUUCAGGAUGACAAUGAACAAGAGGUUUUCAAAAGAUAAUAGUGAAGGCAAUGAGAUGUGGAAAUUGGUGACGGAGAUAAUGGGAUUGGCGGCAAAGCUAGGAGUGAAUGAAGUGCAUGGUCUAUUGAAGAAAUUCGACCUUUUUGGAAAUGGGAAAAAGCUUAGAGAGGGACUUGAAAGGUAUGACAAAUUAGUGGAACAGAUUAUAAAGGAUUAUGAAGAAAAUUAUGGGGUGGAUGAUGGAUCUGGAAAUGAAGAUCUGAUGGAUAUUCUGUUGGGAAUUUAUAGAGACAAGAAUGCUGGAUUGAAGAUAACAAGAGAACAGAUCAAGUAUUUCAUUUUUGAACUGUUUACUGCAAGCAUUGAUACAUCAUCGGCAGCCAUACAAUGGGGCAUGGCAGAGUUGAUGAACCAUCCACAAGUAUUUAAGAGGCUAAGGGAAGAGAUCGAUUCAGUAGUCAACACCAAGAGGGUAGUCAAAGAAUCAGACGUGCCAAACCUCCCUUACUUACAAGCAAUCGCCAAGGAAACCUUGAGGCUGCAUUCUCCGGUGCCUAUUUUCCAUAGGGAAUGCAUCAAAGACUGCAACAUCAAUGGCUUCGACCUCCAGGUGAAGGAUAGAGUCCUCAUCAAUGCCUAUGCUAUUAUGCGACACCCUGAAGCCUGGAGUGACCCUGAUACGUAUUUGCCAGAGAGGUUUUUGGAGAAUUCGGGAGGAAACAGGGAUCAGGAUUUUUGGUUCCUUCCAUUCGGGAGUGGUCGAAGAGUAUGCGCUGGUUCCUUACAUGCUUACCUAGUUAUGCAUGGGACAAUUGGGAGCUUGGUUCAAUGCUUUGAUUGGAAAACUAAAGAUGGGGCAAAGGUUGACAUUACUGUUGGGUCAGGAUUUUCAGGUGCGAUGGCACUUCCCAUGGAAUGUUACCCUAUUUUACGCUUUGAUCCAUUUCAGGAAUGAAAAAUAAGCUGUGUCGUAUAAAUGUUCCAAGCACUCUCAAUAAAACUCUCCCAGAGUAGUAUGUAUGGCUUUUGGGUUUGCAAAUUUCUGGGUUUUGAAAUAAUUGUUCAAGUUAAUUUCUUUUC